CGAGAGCAAGUUCAGUGAGGAAGUGCGGAGGGGAUCAGUGAUCUCUCCAAGGGGAAGCCCCGCGCAGAAGGGACGAUCCCGACCACGACAAGGGCAAGGUCGCGUUUCCUCUCUCGCGCGGAAACAGGCCGGAAGAGCGGACCCUUCGUCUGCCGGAAUUAAAACGACGUUAUGAGACGCGCUUAACGUGCCCUCUCGGUUGCACCCAAGGUUAAUGCGCUGCACGAUGGUUGCUGGGAAAGGUGUCUGUCUGCUGUUCAUCUUCCUCACUCUGACAUGCGUCUUUUCUCACUCCUGGACGCCCCGAAAUGAAGGCAGAAAGCUGUUUGGCGGCUACACGAUAGUACCGAAGGCGUGCCGGCCGUCGUUGCCGUCGCGCAUCAAGUCGAGCGAGCCGGCGAUAUGCAUGUUUAAUUACGAAUGCACGCGGCGUAACGGCGAGGUCGUCGGCGCCUGCAUGGACGGCUUCCUCUUCGGUGCGUGCUGCCAAUUACCGCCGAAGAGCUCGACGAAUGGCGGCAAUGAUCCGCUCGGUACCGAGGAGCUUCUCGAACUACAUCAGAUCGACCACGUACCCGACAUACCUAUCCUGCUGAACCCGGACGGCACGCCGAUUGGCGUGUCGAUGUCGUCGGGCGGCGAGGCUACGAAGACCGAUAAGCCGAGUGUCUCGAGCGACGACGAAACGAUAUACACGAAGAUCUCCAGUUCGAAUCAGGGCUCUUCGCCCGACGCGGCAAACAACGCCGAAAAGACACAGUUGCCCCAACAGGCGGACGUGAGUCAGUUGGCCCAGGACUUCCCGGCUCUUCUGGGUCAGCAGGAUAUCGUCGAUGACUUGAGAUUGCCGGGGCUGUUAACGCAUUCCGAUUCUAAUAACGAUAUCCAGGAUCAUCAAGAUACGUCGGCGGUGAAUCCGAUUGCUACGCUGCUAAACUCCGAUCAGAUUCUGCAAAUAGCGGAUCCAGUCGACCAGCUUCCGGCAUUGUUCUCGCAUGGACUGAGCCAGAACGAUCACAAUGUUCCAGAGACGAUAUUGUUGAACGAGAACGGCACAGCGCUCGAAGAGAUCAACAAUCCGGACGAGAUCUUCCGACCCUCUUCCACUCAAGCGCCGAUCGAUAAGGUCACGCAGGACGGAAGCGUGUGGAUCAAAUUCUCGGAGCAGCCUACAUCUUCCACGAUGGAGUCGACUUCCACGUCGCAAGCUCCCAAAUCGACGUCCGUGAUAACCAGUAUGCCUGUGGUAACGCAGCUGUACACCAACGUGCAGAAGCUCACGAGCACACCGCUGGCAAGCACAUUCGAGAAGAAAAUGUCUACGAAAAUGGUCGAGGCCACCACGCCGAUGACCUCCUCCAGCAUCAAAGACGACGAUCUGGUGAAGGUACCGACCAUUAUAUACGAUUUGCCGUCGGGCAACAAGAAAAAGGAUGACGUUCUCGACAAAGAGGAAAUUGCCAUUAAUCAUAUAAUCUCCAUCUUGAACGACACUACGCCGAAUUCGGACGUGUCGGUGACGCUACCGGUUCCCAAUUCCUCGCCGGUACAGGCCUGGGUGAGUAUCGACGAGACCUCGAAACCUACCCAUCACGUCAAAGUCAGUUCUUCGAGUUAUCGGCCCACGACGCCCGCAUCCUCGACCUUCCCGUUUUACAAGCCCGGUUCCCUGCAGCCCAAACCUUCCUCGGCGUACUACAACUACGAGCUCGUACCCACCGCGACGACUUACGCGUCGCAUUAUCCGACCUCGAGCGGGCCAUACGGCUCACGGCCGUCCACGCAAACCUACCUCGGCGCUUCCAGCAGCGGUUUCAUCAGCAACCGACCUACGACGAACCCUCCGGCGCCGACGGUGAUAGUCCUCGGUCCGCUUGGAACGAGCUACACCACGCAAACUACUCAGAAGCCCGUCACGAGGAAGCCUUCGGGCACAACCAGCAAGCCCGCUCCAAUUUCGAUUAAAACCACUCCCGUUAGACCUAUCACGUUAAUCACCAAGAAACCCGGCGUGUCUACUACCAUAACUCACAACAUCAGCACCGUUAUUUCCAACGUCGCCAACAACAACGUGGUCUCCACCAGCUACAUCAGCGUCAACUUGAAGGACAGCACCAGCGCGAGACCGAUAGUCGACGUCAGCACCGAGGCGUUCGCGGCGGAAACCUCAAGCACGAAAAUUCGGCCGAGCACGAAGAAGCCCGUGAUCUGGACCACCGUCUCAUCAUGGUCGAGCAAGCCGACGUUCAAUCUCAAGCCGGCGACGUCCAGCGUCAAUUGGUCGAACAACAAUCUGACGCCGAUUAACAAUAUUAUAUUCAAGGAUACCACGAAAUCUACCACCGCUGCACCUUGCGACGACGAGACUGCGGCGCCGGACGACCUUAUCAACUUCCCGCCGGUGCGCAAUCCGAAUCUCAACAUCUCCAUGCCGAUCUCGCAGCAGGAGAAGCCGACGAUCGUCGAGACGUACAACAACACCGGGUAUCCGGAUAUCGAAUUGAUCAGCGAACAUGAUAUUCCGACACCCACGUUCGUCGAGGACGACGUGCUGACGAACAAAGUGGACGCUUUCGUUAACAAGCUCGUCGAGUCGCUGCAGGGUACCUUCGAGAACUUGCAAGAAAUGGUCUACACUCGGAAUGGCACCGUAGAGACCUCAACAACGUCUUCUACCGUAACGAAAAGACCGACCAGUGGAAACACUACGACAAGAAAACCCACGCGAAGGCCCACAACUAGACCGUCGUCAUCGUCGUCGUCGUCGGCGGCGACGACGAAGAGGCCAUCCGCAACCACGAAGAGGCCUACUCGCUCCACGCAGAAACCGUCGACCGAAAGGCCGUCCGAGAAGCCAGCGCGUCCCACUAAAGUGACUACUCCGAGACCUAAGCCAAACACAUCGCAGAGCGUCACGACGAAGAGGCCCAGCCAGGCAACGACGAGACGCCCGAAACCGACCAGGAAAGCCACGACCACGCCGGCCAGCAGCACGCAAGCGAUUCUGCUGGAAGAACCGAGUCCGAACACGACUGAAAGCAGCGUUCCAGAAACGACGGCCGCGCCAGACUUUCGGACUCAAUGCGGCGUGAGACCGUUGGUCUCGAGAUCGGGAAAAAUUGUUGGCGGAAAAGGCGCGCAGUUCGGAGAAUGGCCAUGGCAGGUCUUGGUUCGCGAGGCGACCUGGCUCGGCUUGUUUACGAAGAAUAAAUGCGGAGGUGUACUUAUCACUGAUAAAUAUGUGAUAACAGCAGCCCAUUGUCAACCAGGCAGCUUCCUAGCUUCGUUGGUCGCGGUGUUCGGUGAAUUUGACAUCUCGGGUGAGCUGGAGUCGAAGCGCAGCGUAACGAGAAACAUUCGCCGCGUCGUCGUGAACCGCGGCUACGAUCCGGCGACAUUCGAGAAUGACCUGGCGCUCCUCGAGCUGGAGUCGCCGGUGCAGUUUGACGAGCACAUCGUGCCGAUUUGCAUGCCGGAGGACGGCAUCGACUUCACCGGCCGAAUGGCGACGGUCACGGGCUGGGGCCGGCUUAAAUACAAUGGUGGCGUGCCGUCGGUGCUGCAGGAGGUCCAAGUGCCCAUAAUGGAGAACUCGGUUUGCCAGGAGAUGUUCCAAACCGCCGAUCAUGCGAAAUUGAUUUUGGAUAGCUUCCUCUGUGCUGGAUACGCUAAUGGCCAGAAGGAUUCUUGCGAGGGUGACAGUGGUGGCCCGCUGGUGAUGGAACGACCGGACGGCAGAUGGUUCCUAGUCGGGACUGUUUCUCACGGCAUUAAAUGCGCGGCCCCGUAUCUACCGGGUGUGUACAUGAGGACGACUUUCUUCAAGCCCUGGCUGCACAGCAUCACCGGGGUCUGAGAGGCUGGGCCACGAUCGUCAGCUCACGUUCUCGCGUAAUUACGCGAGCGGCACCGGAUGCCAUUCUGUAUAAAUGUACAAAGGAAGCCUAAUUUAUUUCCCCCCCGAGAUACAGCGUACGAAACUCAAUUAAGUAACAUAGUCGCGGAUGUAACCGUACUUGAAUGUCAGCGGGCUACAUCGAUUUCUGAAUAAUAACCAGACGCCCCGUUCUCUUCCGCAUCCGUUAUUUCGUGCUUUCCAUUAGCGCAACGGAAGUAACACUUGCAUCAGCAGCAACUUAUAUCGCGCGGACUUCGCUGUAAAAGCAAAGAAAGAUAGAGCGAGGAAGGGAAGGAGGAGGACGAGGAGACAAGUGCAUCAACUUGGCUCUCAAGUUAUUUAAAUUGCGAAAUAGAAGUCUACGGAAUUGUCUGCGGCGAAACACUGCUUCUCGGAGCACGACCAGUGCCCGAUGUUGCAUUUAUGCGUAUCAAUGUUUAAACUCGUCCUUGUGCGUAUGUGUACACGUAUACGCAGAGUCGGCAUUCAAGUGUUUCAGAGUAUCCGUCAAAAAUUCAAAUUGCCAUCACUCUUGGAACGACAGUCCUUUUCCUUUACGGCCUUCCACAAUGGGAGAACCAGAUAAACGACCAAUAAUUUACGAUUUGCGUCACGUCUCUAUAUAGCGAACUUUUAUCAUUUUGAAACCAACUUUUCCCCACCAAAGUUCUUCAACAAAAGUCUCUCAUUGUCAAUAGUAAUUUACAAUUUCGCAGUUAUUCGCUUCUACGCGAAUUCAAUGAAGGAAAACUGGACUCCAAAUUAACUACAUCGAAUCGACACCAAUGGCAAUCUCGUUAUCGAAGGCACGCGAGAGAAUCUUGAAUUAUCGCGCGUCUAUGUACGACACACGAGUGAAUUUCGAGGGCAAACGUACCUUCUCGUACUUAACAUCCCUGCCUACUCCAUGAAUAUCCCACGCCGGCUCUGUGAUACAUGCAUAAGUGCAUAAAGACGAGCUACAAGCCCUAUUUAUUUCAUUGUUAGAUGUUAUUUAUUAAAUACAUUUUUAUACGAUAACAACAUGUGGCUAUUUUAUUCACCACCAACACUCCGCGCACGGAAAUAAAAGUAAUCAACGACCGCUUGACGUCACGUCGCCGCGCAUACUACGCGCCGCAAUCCUCCCAUUAAAAAUAGCGACCAAU